ACGCGAGAGCCCGGACGAAACAAGGAAGGGGCAGCGGCGCGGGGACCUUGGCCGGGCCGGGGGCGGGGCGGUCGGCAGGAGUGUGGAGCUCUUGGGUGACAGGUGCGCGGAGCCGAGGCAGCGGCGGAGGUCCGUGAACUGACGGGAGGAGACACCGUGGCGGCGAUGCUGGAGACCCUGCGUGAGCGGCUGCUGAGCGUGCAGCAGGAUUUCACCUCCGGGUUGAAGACUUUAAGUGACAAGUCAAGAGAAGCUAAAGUAAAGAGCAAACCAAGGACUGUUUCCUCUUUGCCAAAAUACUCUGCUGGACUAGAACUACUUAGCAGGUAUGAAGACACAUGGGCUGCACUUCACAGGAGAGCCAAGGAAUGUGCAAGUGCUGGAGAGCUGGUGGACAGUGAGGUGGUUAUGCUUUCAGCACACUGGGAAAAAAAGAAGACGAGCCUGGUAGAGUUACAGGAGCAACUUCAGCAGCUUCCAGGAUUGAUAGCGGAUUUAGAGUCCAUGACAGCAAAUCUGACGCAUUUAGAAACUAGCUUUGAGGAGGUAGAAAAUCACCUGCUGAAUCUGGAGGAUUUAUGUGCACAAUGUGAAUUAGAAAGACACAAACACACACAGUCCCAACAACUGGAAAAUUACAAGAAAAAUAAGAGGAAGGAACUUGAAGCCUUCAAAGCUGAACUAGAUGCAGAGCACGCCCGGAAGGUCCUGGAGAUGGAGCAUACCCAGCAAAUGAAGCUGAGAGAGCGGCAGAAGUUUUUUGAAGAAGCCUUCCAGCAGGACAUGGAGCAGUACCUUUCCACAGGUUACCUGCAGAUAGCGGAGAGGCGAGAGCCCAUGGGCAGCAUGUCAUCCAUGGAGGUGAACAUCGACAUGCUGGAGCAGAUGGAUCUGAUGGACAUAUCUGACCAGGAGGCCCUGGAUGUCUUUUUAAGUUCAGGUGGAGAAGACAAUGCCGUGCUGUCCCCUGUCUUAGAGCUGGAAUCAAGUACUGGUCAGAAUGAAAUCACUCUUCAGGUUGCAAAUCCCUCUGAAUUGCGAGCCCAGUCACCUUCCUCAUACUCUGCCUGCACUGACCCAGCCACCCAGGACCCUGGUGAAGGUGGGGAGUCCCCUGUCGUUCAGUCUGAUGAGGAGGGAGUUGAGGUGGACACGGCCCUUGCCACUUUACACACCGAUGACAGUGACUCCUAAACCCGGCACCACGUUCUCUGGGCACCUUUGAAGGAAGACUCAGCUGUGCACAGAACCCCUCGGUGAAGGCAGGUGGUUUGAUGGAGACUCUUAGUUUUCACACAGUUGCCAGUGAUUUGGGAGAAACUGACUGCCAGAAGAGCUAACAAUAAAGUUCAAAGACUUUAAA